AUGCCUCUUCAUUUGGAAGUACCUCCGGUUAAGGAUCCGGAGCUUCGCCGGUCACCUUCACCACCUCCGUCGCCGUCACGGGCUGCUUCUGUGACGUAUAACGACAAAUAUGUUGUAGUUUAUGACUUUAGUGACAUAGACUACGAGACAGCCACAAAGGAAUUCACUGCCCUGCUCCAGAACCUAGAGGCUACUGGUCUCCACGUGGAAGUAAGACCGGGAUAUGAACAAACAAUUCUACUGUUUGUUAAGGCGCCAAGUGCGCUUCUCGGAAACAGAGUUUACAAAUUGAGAGUGAGAGAUUGGCUCUAUGGCAUCACUCAAACGCGGCCGCCGGGAAAUAAGUAUACCAUCGUGCCUGCAUGGUAUGAGGCUGAAGACAUCUUAUCCAUGGACCAUUUGGUCAACUGGCCACAGUCCAUGGGAGGAGCGGGCAUCACCCCAGGCAUCGGUCAAUGGAAGAAUGUGAAGGCUAUUUUUCCUAUGCACAAUGAUAAAGUCAACCAGGCACUGCUACGGAGUCUUAGCAAGAAGCUGCUCCUCAGCAUCGACGACCUCGACAAGAUUCGGGACCUUUUCGGUUCAAAAGUUGCAUUCUACUUUGCAUUUGGCCAGUCAUAUUCGGCUUUUCUCAUCUUCCCAGCCGUCACGGGCCUAGUCUCCUGGCUAUGGCUACCCAAAUACUCCAUCGUCUAUACAAUUCUAACUGUUAUCUGGUGCACCGUAUUUCUAGAGUACUGGAAGGUACGAGAAGUCGACCUGAGUAUUCGUUGGCGAGUUCGGGGUGUAAAUAAAACGAAAAACAACCGGCCGCAAUACAAAUAUGAGCAAGUCAUUGUGGACCAAUACGGCCGCACUAUUCACUAUAGCCCAAAGUGGAAGCAGAUUUCACGACAGCUUCUCCAGUUGCCAUUCAUGGCCAUUGCAACUGUAGCGCUUGGCCUGAUGAUUAGUGCCGUCUUUGCAGUCGAGAUUCUGAUAUCUGAUUCAUAUGAUGGGCCAAGUAAUUUAUAUCUUGACUAUCUGCCCACCGUGUUGCUGGCAGUGCUGAUUCCCUACAUCAGUUCCUAUCUUGAAACAGUGGCCAAGUGGUUAACAAACUUCGAGAACCACAGAACAGCAGAUAAUCACGAAAUGUCUCUCACGCAAAAGAUUUUCGUGCUUAGCAUCAUUACAAACUACUUACCCAUCCUGCUAACAGCCUUCGUCUAUGUUCCCUUUGGCGAUCAAAUAUUUCCCUGGCUCGAAGGCCACAUUGUCCAAUUCGCGCCCAGCAUUGGCAACCGUCUUACCGAAAUGCCCUUCCGGCUGGACUCUGACCGUCUGCGCCACGAAGUCAUUGCGCUUACUGUUACAGGACAGCUGUCAAGUUUUUUUGAGGAGAAUAUCUUGCCCUUGAUCAAGCACAAGAUGAGCGGUUGGUAUCGAGAGUAUCGCCGCGCUUAUACAAAGGACACGGUUCUAAUCUCCAUGGUUACCGACGAUGCGGACGAGGCCGAAUUCUUGGCGCAGCGCCGCAAUGAGGCCACGCUAGACCACUAUAAUGUCCAGGAUGACAUUGCAGAACUGGUUCUUCAGUUUGGGUAUCUGGCUCUAUUUUCAUCUGCAUGGCCGCUUAUUCCUCUGGGCUUUCUCAUCAACAAUUGGGUCGAACUUCGGUCCGAUUUCGCCAAGAUUUGCAUCGAGCACCAGCGGCCUGCGCCAUACCGGGCAGAAGGCAUUGGGCCUUGGAUCGUCUCUCUGGAAAUUCUCGUAUGGCUGGGAAGUAUUUCUUCCGCUGCGAUUGUUCAUUUGUUUAGCACUGAUGGAGUGUUGAGUGGGGGCUGGUCGACUUUGCCGUUGACCAUCUUCAUCAGCGAGCAUAUCCUUCUCGCUUUAACGGCAGUAGCUCGCGUCAUUUUUCAGCGUUUUGGCUCUGAGGAGCUGCGCAGAGAGAGAAGCGAGCAGUAUGCAAGAAGACUGUCUAUUCUAGACGAGAUUGAGGAACACAGGCGUGAUGGAGAGCAUAUUGGAGUGAGAGAGCGGGAGCGCAGGAAAUCGCUGCUGAUCGCUGGUAAUGAAAGCUUCUGGACAAAGCAGUUGGAAGAUGGGGCGAGCGCAGCAGCGGGAAUGAAGCUGAUUAUGCUGGCAAGGAAGUGGGAACAAUCCAAUGGAGAGCUCAAGAAAAAACAGUAG